CUCUGCUUGGCUCUCCGCUCUGCUCUUCAACUUUUAAUUUCACAAUUAACUUAAUCAUCAGUCACACAACUCCGUCUUUGUUCUUUUCUACAAAUUUUUAUAACAAAAUUAAUAAAAUAAUUUUUAAAAAACAGUUACCAUUUAAAAUUAGUGUGCAAAAUUUUAUUUGAAAUUGACUUUUUAAAAAACUGGUUUGUGUUUAAAAAGAAAAAUUUAGCAGAUUUAAAUUUAAAUUAAAUUAAAUUAUACUUUUUUUUUUAAUUAGACAAUACGAAAAAGGGGGUAAUAAAGACGAGAUAAAGAUGGCGAGAUAUAGUUGGAGAAACAAUGAAAAUAAUUAUUAUUAAUUGAAGUGAGGGCAAUCUGAGUGACCCAAGUGCUGUGUCCACUUAAACGAAUUAAUUAGUUUAUGUCACGUUAUUUUUUUUAAAUAAUCAUCAUCAUACAAAUAUACUUACUUAUAUAUAUCCAUAUAUGUAUAUAUAUAGAUAAUAAAAUUUUUAUUUACUCAUAAUUUAAAUUUUAAAAUUCAUUUUCUGGAUGGUAAUAAAGUACACAUUUUACAAAGCAUACAAGUACAUAUAUGUGGUAAUUUUAAAAUAUAUAUAGAUAUAUAUGUGUAAAGCAUGAUUAUAUAUGUUAUUACAGUGACUAGUUUGUGGUUAAAUUAUUUACCGAGGUGUGUGUGUACAUGAUAAAAAGUUUACUAAAAUAGUCGUAAUUAAAUGUAUGACCUUCGUGCCUAACAGUAUGAUUAAUUAAUUAAUUAAUUAAUUAAUUAAUAAUAUGAGUAUAUAUAUAAAUAUUUAUAUAAAUUUAAUAGACAAAUGGAUUUUUAAAUAAUAAUGCAAAGUACUGAAACAAUUAACAAUGAAGAUGCAUUUACUGAGUUUGUUUAUUGGUAUCUAUGGAGGAGUUGCAUUCACAAGUGCACGAACUGAAGAAGAUCAGGCAUCAUCACCUGCAGCAAACACUGAGAUAAGACUCGGUAUUCCACCGCCUGAGAGAUGUUUUUAUCAAGAUGCCUCUGAGUGCCCUAAGAUUGAAAAUGCUGAUGAUUGUCCUUGUAAAAGAAUACCGAUAUUGUCGGCUAGUAAUAAUGAGGAAUAUGCUGUCUUUUGUUGCAAUUUAAAUGCUAAAACUUUUGAAACUGGACUUGCUUGUGCUAAUUUCCCGGCUAAUGUAUCAUAUAUUCAUAUAAGAAACGCAACUUUAGAGGCUUUUAAUGUAAGUGAGGUCAAAUGGAGAAGACUCAAAUCACUGGCGAUCACUGACGGUAAAAUAAAUCGUAUCAAAGGUCAAUUUCUUAUGAUGACACCGACCCACUGUUUAAAUCUUUCAAAUAAUGCUCUUACGGAGAUUGAAAAUAAUUCUUUUACAAGAUUAGCUCAAUUAACGAGUUUAGAUUUAUCUUAUAAUAAUAUGACGCAUCUGCCUGCAUUAAAUAUUAUGAAUGGUCGAGAAUUUUGGCUUGACAUUUCCGGAACUAAUACACUUUGGUGUCAUGAUGUCUCGCAAUAUAUCAACAAGACAGGAGAUAAACAGAUAAUAUUUAAUCGUGAAAAUGAGACUGUUUGCUCUGCUAGUAAAACUUGGAUAUGGUUCAAUGCUACUGAGCAAGUUCCACUUGAACAAGUCAGAUCAUUGAGUUUGCUCCAAACGGAGUGUCCAAAAGGAGAAACUUGGCAGUGCCAAUGUAGUUUUAAUCGACUCAAUAUUGUACAAGGAGAAAAACCAGUGAUGGCUGUUACGGUUGAUUGUAGUGGCAAUCAAUUGACUAAAUUACCUGAACGUCUUCCGCCGAGCACAAUUGCUCUUAAUGUGUCUUUUAAUAAUAUAACAACACUUGAUGAGAUCAGUACAAAUCCAUGGUAUCAAGAUCUUCAAAACUUUUGGGCUGAUUAUAAUAAUAUAACGUCCAUUAAUAAAAUAGAAGGAUCAAAAUUUUCGGAUAAUUUUGAAAUGUUAAGUCUACGUUAUAAUAAAAUUAAAUCAGUACCGACAUAUAUUUUAGUCCCUAAUGUUUAUAACAGAAAUCAUCUGAGCCACCGAUACGUUAAACUCGGUGGUAAUAAACUACUUUGCAAUUGUAAUACAGCAAAAUAUUUAAAAGCUUGGCUACAAACGAAUAUACUUGAUCCUGAUGAAGUUCUGUGUGAAAAUGUUAAGGAAAAAGUCGUUGAUUUAGAACCGUCCAAGAUGUGUGUUCAUCCUGGUGACUGGACAGACUAUAUAUAUUAUUUAAUAGCAUUUGAGACAUUGAUGUUGAUAAGUCUCAUUGCUAAAGUAUCUUAUGACUAUUGGAUUUUUAAAACAGCAGGAUAUUUACCUUGGCCGGCAAAUAAAAUGCCAAAAUUACCUUGCGAUUGGCUGUGCGAGGCAUAGAUUAAUUAUAUACAUAUAGAUUUAUUUAUACAUAAAAUUAAUUAUAUAAUAUUUUUUAAAUAAUUUACUAACAAUUGUUACAUUAAUAGUAUAUUGUGUGACGAGGGAUGAAACAAAAUAAUUUCAGACCAGGGUGAAGUUUGCCGACACCCGCAGUCUGGAAUCCUGUUUCAUUUCGAGUUACACACUAGAUUUUUUAUGAUUACCUGUAUUGAAACAAAGUUUCAGUCAGCAGCCAGUCAGAAACAAGUUAAUUAAAGACCAAUGGUGUCAUCAACUAUUAAAUUGUCAUUUGCAAUUUAUAAUUAAGCAGAAACUAUAAAUACUAUUUAUUAUUGACACUAAUUUUUAUAAAACUUAAUCACAGAACUGUCAUUUAUGUAACGAAAAUUAAUGGUCUGAAAUUACUAUUAAACAAAUGACAAGAAUCAGAGUUUAAAUAGCAUGAGUAAAAAAACUGUUAGUAGAGUUGAGGCUGAGUAAAGUUAUGAGUGAGUAGAGUUGUAGCUACUUCCCUUGUGUAGAGAUGUUGUGAUUAGAAUUGUAACACUGCCUUAAUAUCUUCUGUGGUGUGUAUGCGAUUUUUCACCAGAUCUGUGCCCAAAAGUUUAAAUUUUUGCAACUGAUUCUGAAAAGAAUGGCGCAUGCGCUUAUACACGUGGGUUCGAAUCUCCUACUUUACUUCCUGGGUGUGUAAUAUACUAAUAUUUCUUCCCAAGGGUCAAAACAAGUUUGUUUCUGCCCGCUGACUGAAGGCAUUCGCAAUUGAUGCGUUUCCUGAAGACACUGAAACUUUAAGUUUCGAUGCUGGUGUCAUGAAAAAGAAUUUUAUAAUUAUUAACCAUUUUGAUAAUCAAAUAAGUGAUAUUUUUAAAAUAAAUAUAUGUAUAACUUUUAGCAGGAUAUUUUUAUACACUAUGAUAUUAAUCGUUAAUUACUGAUUGUAUAAUUUUUGUUAUUAACUAUUUUUACAUAAAAAACAAAUCAAUUAA